AGCACUUCCCGCACAACUGCCCCCAGCGGCAGCAUCACUGUCUGCUCCUCUGACUGUGACUACACCACUGUCCAAGAUGCUGUCGAUUCUCUCGACACAUCCUCCUCGGAUGCCCAGGUGAUCUUCAUCUACAGCGGCACCUACACGGAGCAGGUCACCAUUCCCGAGCUCUCGGGAUCCCUCACCAUCUACGGUGAGACCGAGGACACCUCUGACUACACCAGCAAUGUGGUGAGCAUUGAGCACUCCUCGUCGCUGGCCUCUGGCGCGGCGGACGACGAGCAUACCGGCACCGUCAUCAUCGAGGCCGAGAACGUCGCUGUCUACAACAUCGACAUCAAGAACACCUAUGGCGAGGGCUCCCAGGCCAUCGCGCUCUCGGCGUACAACACCAACCAGGGCUACUACGGCGUCGGCCUCUACGGCUACCAGGACACCCUCCUGGCCGAGACGGGCAACCAGAUCUACGCCAACUGCUACAUUGAGGGCGCCGUGGACUUCAUCUUUGGCCAGGAUGCCCGCAUCUGGGUCGUCGGCUCCACCAUCGCCUCCAUCGGCGCCGGUGCCAUCACCGCCAACGGCCGCGACUCGGACGACAACGUCUCGUAUUAUGUGAUUACCGACUCCACCGUUCAGGCCGGCUCCACCGACCCGGGUGAGGGCACCGUCUACCUGGGCCGCCCCUGGGGCGCCUACGCCCGCGUUGCCUUCCAGAGCACCUCCCUGAGCGACAUCAUCAACUCGGCCGGCUGGGAGGAGUGGAGCAGCAGCGAGCCCAACACCAGCGACGUCACCUUUGAGGAGUACGACAACACUGGGGACGGUGCUACCCAGUCUGACCUGGCCUCCUUUGCCACCACCAUGACCUCUGCCCUCACUAUCGACACCAUCCUGGGCUCUGACUACGCCGACUGGGUUGAUGCCGACUAUAUCUAA